CUUCUUAAGCAUAGCAUUCCCAAAUCACGUCCAGGUUCACUCCCCCAAAGCUUUAUCUACCAGUCGCUGUAAAAGCCGUCAUAUUCUGACCACCUCUAUAUUUCGCUCCUUCUGCCGUUUUCUUUUUCCCCCCUUCACGCUUUCUCUAAUUUCACAGUUUUAGGGUUUUCGAGUUUUGUCGAAUGGAAGCAUCUGUUUCUUCUUCGACGACGAGCGGGAAGAGAUUUCGUUACUUUCGCUGUGCCUUUUUCAGAAAUUGUUGUCGCUGUUUCUGUUGCUUUUACACGUAUCCCUGAAUCAAUCCCCGCGGAACCAAAGAAAGAAAUCCCUAAUUUUUCCCUACCUUGAAAAUUUAUAGAGAGAUAUUUUCUCUUGCUCGCUCUGAUUUGAGGGGUUUUAUGGAUUUAUCUCAUGCUCAAUCGGAUCUCUCUUUAGGGUUUUCAAACUCCCACGCUUGUCUGCCGGCUAAAAUGCCAAUCGUGGAUGAUUCGAUUAAGCUACAAAUCGAUUCGAGCUUUCGUCCCUCGCCGAACCCAAUCCCUUCAGUUCCUUUACAGUUGCUUGAGCAAAGAGUGGAGGAACCCCGUGAUGAUAACGGAGAACAAGGAGACCAGAGGGAUGAUGAACAAUUCUGCAUUUUGGGUCAUCCGCUGCGCUUGAAGAGGCAGAGAGACUGCCAAUCCCGGAUGUCUCCAAAUCCUCCAAAGCGGAUUGCGGUCGAGCAAGGGAUGGAGGCUAGGCGAGCCGCGGUCCGGGCUUGGGGAAACCAGCCCCUAGCAAUCGCGGACCCUGAGGUGCACGAGAUUAUGGAGAAAGAGAGACAUCGGCAAUUCAAAGGAAUCGAGUUGAUUGCUUCGGAGAAUUUUGUCUGCCGGGCAGUGAUGGAAGCCCUGGGCAGCCACUUGACCAACAAAUACUCGGAGGGAAUGCCUGGAGCCAGAUACUACACGGGGAAUCAGUACAUUGACCAGAUUGAAAAUCUAUGUUGCGAGCGUGCGUUGGCCGCCUUCAGCCUUGAUUCUGAGAAAUGGGGUGUUAACGUGCAGCCUUAUUCAUGUACCUCAGCUAACUUUGCCGUGUACACCGGACUUUUGCUACCUGGUGAUCGGAUUAUGGGUUUAGAUUCGCCAUCUGGUGGACACCUAAGUCAUGGAUACUACAGGCCUGGCGGAAAGAAGGUGUCUGCUUCGUCAAUAUUUUUUGAGAGCCUUCCUUAUAAGGUGAAUCCGCAUACUGGGUAUAUUGAUUAUGAUAAGGUUGAGGAGAAGGCCCUUGAUUUUCGUCCGAAGAUACUUAUUUGUGGAGGGAGUUCAUAUCCUAGGGAGUGGGAUUACGCUAGGUUUCGACAGAUUGCUGAUAAGAGUGGAGCCGUGCUGAUGUGCGACAUGGCUCAUAUAAGCGGUCUUGUGGCAGCUAAGGAAUGUGCAAGUCCAUUUGAUUACUGUGACGUUGUUACUUCAACAACACACAAGAGUCUACGUGGUCCAAGGGGAGGUAUCAUCUUUUACAGGAGAGGCACCAGAUCAAGGAAGCAAGGAUUGCAUCUUGGUCACGGUGAUGGUAAUAGCCAUUAUGACUUUGAGGAGAGAAUAAACUUUGCUGUUUUUCCAUCACUACAAGGAGGUCCUCACAAUAACCACAUUGCUGCGCUGGCCAUUGCCUUGAAACAAGUUGCUAUGCCUGAAUACAAAGCUUAUAUGCAACAGGUGAAGAGAAAUGCUCAGGCUUUAGCGAUGGCUUUGUUGAGAAGGAAAUGCAGAUUGGUGACUGGGGGCACUGACAACCAUUUGUUGCUGUGGGAUCUAACUUCUUUAGGCUUAACAGGCAAGAAUUAUGAGAAAGUCUGUGAGUUGUGUCAUAUCUCUCUCAACAAAAGUGCUAUAUAUGGCGACAAUGGCACUAUUUCUCCUGGAGGCGUGAGGAUUGGUACUCCAGCCAUGACAUCAAGAGGUUGUAUGGAGUCUGACUUUGAGACAAUUGCUGAUUUUCUACUUAAAGCAGCUCAGAUUACUAGUCUUCUGCAGAGGGAACAUGGAAAGUUGCAGAAAGAAUUUCUCAAGGGCCUUCAGAACAACAAAGAUGUAAUUGAGCUUCGAAAUCGAGUUGAGGCCUUUGCUUCCCAGUUUGAAAUGCCGGCCUUUAACAUUUGAAUACAGAAGAGAAGAGAGACAACAUGCUGCAACUGUAGCAUUGGUGUCUCUGUUUAUGCAUGGUAAUCCCAUUCAUUUUUUUUUUUUUUUUUUUUCUGCAAUGCCAAUAUGUUUUGCCAUUAAUGUCUUGUAAAUUACGGAAAAUAGGUGAAUACUAUGGGGACAUUUUGAUUGUAACGUCUGUGAAAAUCAUAAAAGUAGUUUAUUUCUGUACUGUAUCA